AUGCCUCAGGAAAAGCGUUUGACACCCGAGUUGGCGCCCGGAGAGCUCGGCUCUGCCGAGCAGUUCGCCAAAUUCCUCACACCUUACAAGGCUGUUAUUACGCCCCUCCCGUUUCUUUGCUUUGUCCUCGAAUCUCUCGUGGCUGCAGGUUGCUUUUACUUUCACCGUGACACAGAUGCAAUGCUAAAAUUCAUGUUUGGCCAACUUCUCGCCAUUAAUACAACCAUGGCUGGCUUGCUGCAUUUCUUUCCUCCUAUGUACCAAUUCUACACCUCGAUGAUUUUCCUCCCACUGAAGGAUUUCUGGCUCUACUCCACAGGAGCCGCCCUCAUUGCAGGCGGUGUUGGCAUCACGUUUACCAAAACUCAAGUCUACGCAGCUUGGUGCCUUGUCGCCAUCCUCAUUCUCAUGUUCCCUGGAAAUGUUGCUUGCGUUUUCAUGGAACACCCCAGAAAGAUCGUGUCUGGAGGCUCAAAGACUGCUGCUAUCGCCCGUCUACCGUUUCAAAUCCCAUUCGUUCUCUGGGCAUUUUGGUUCACCUCGCCACCAUUACCAAUGCCAAUGUAG